AGUAGUAAUAUCAUAAGAUAUUAGAUGACGUCACAGCGGGGCCGAAUUUCUGUGACGAGCUUUUUUAGCGCGUAUUUUCCAGUGUUUGCUCUGCACCAAACCAACAUCUCACAAACCCGCGAAACGACAACAACAUUUACAACUGGCUUUCUUGCAAAAGAAGCCCGGUUUGCUCGAAACAAUGCCACUGAGCUUUGCUUCACACAAGAGCCUUCCGAAAGUCUGGGGUACGACUCAAACUGCCCCUGAUC